AUGUACAUCAUUGCGCUUCUCUUAUACGCCAUCUUCUUCGGAUCUACCACCAGCAACCCGAUCAUCCCGGGGAAAAUCUAUUCUGUGAAAGAGUCGCACUUCAUACCGCGUGGCUGGACGGAGGGCGAAGAUGCUCCGAAGGAUUCUAUCAUUAAUCUGAAUAUCGGGAUAAAGCAAGGUAACUUUGAGGAGUUAGAGCGUCAUCUCUACGAAGGUAUACCAGUAUCCCUCGUUGAGACAAGUUGGUACCCUAGUAACAUCCAAUCUCUAGUCUCAAAUCCCGAGCAUCCUAGAUAUGGAAACCAUCUCAGCGUCGAUGAUGUCAACAAUCUGGUGAAACCCAGUAAGACAUCUGAUGAACUUGUCCAUGAAUGGCUCGCCGAUCAUGGGAUUGAUACUAUCACAUAUAGCGUUGGACGAGAUUGGUUGUCUGUUUCAUUACCAGUCUCGGCUGCCGAGCGACUCCUGAGAACGAGGUACAGAAUCUACCAGCAUGAGGAUGGAGAUCGAAUUGUCAGAACUCCAGAAUGGUCGCUCCCGAUACAUUUGCAUGACCACAUUGAUGCAAUUCAACCAACGACAAGUUUCAUGAGACUUAAAGGUCAAGGAACCGAAUACUUGCACCUAGAGCCGUGGACGAGUCCGUCGUAUACCCCUCCAAAAAAUUCGGAUAUUUCAGCCGUGUGCAACGUAUCUUCAGUUACACCUCAGUGUUUCGAAACAAUUUAUUCCACCAAAGGUUACCGCCCUCAAGCCGGCAAAGAGAACGGCGUUGGAUUUACCAAUUACCUUGGUGAGAUACCAAUCAGACCUGACACUGCCAAAUUCCUGGCAAAAUACCGACCUUGUGACGUGGAUGCUGCAGCAAAAUUCCCACAAUACAGUAUCGCCGAUGGCCCUACUCAAGAUGGCCCACUGAGUAUAGCUCAAGCCGCAAAGGGAACUUCUCAAGAAGCGAAUCUUGACGUUCAAGCUAUCAUUGGAAUCAGUCAUUUGGCGCCAAUAUCAUACAGUACCGGUGGAAGCCCACCUUUUAUCCCUGAUCUCAAUACACCAACUAACACGAAUGAACCAUAUCUUGUAUGGUUAAAUUACAUUCUUGGACAAAGACUCAUCCCACAAGUUAUCAGUACAUCCUACGGAGAUGACGAGCAGACUGUUCCUCAAGCUUACGCAGAAAGAGUGUGCAAGCAGUUCGCGCAAUUGGGAGCUCGAGGUGUUUCUGUGCUCUUCGCGAGCGGCGAUCGGGGUGUUGGAUUGAAUUCCACAUGCUAUAGCAACGACGGAAAGAACACCAAAAUGUUUAUCCCAAUUUUUCCCGGCGGAUGUCCUUAUGUUACAACUGUUGGUGCAACACAUGAAUUCGAACCAGAAGUAGUCGCUUUCCGCCCAGGGACCGUCAGGCCAGACGGAUCGUUCAGAGAAAUAUACUCAUCAGGAGGUGGUUUCUCAAAUUAUUUUAGCACUCCAGCUUAUCAAAAAGACGUUGUCAAGGAUUACGUCAAAGGACUAGGUGGAUUAUAUAAUGGUCUCUAUAACAAAGCCGGCAGAGCUUACCCCGAUAUAGCAGCACAAGGCCAAUACUUCGCGUAUGUGUGGAAUGGAACCGAGGGUGUUAUUUCGGGGACAAGUGCAUCGACUCCAUUGAUGGCUGGAAUCCUAGCAUUGGUGAACGACGCACUCCUUGAAAGCGGCAAAUCGACGCUGGGAUUCCUAAACCCUUGGCUAUAUUCCAAAGGCUACAAAGGCUUCACAGAUAUUAUCUCAGGCAGUGCCGUGGGAUGUCAGGUUGAAGGCUUUGCAGCAAAAAAAGGUUGGGAUCCGGUAACAGGAUUUGGAACUCCUGUCUUUCCAACUUUGUUGAAGCUGGCCAAGAGAAGUGCAGGGUAUGGAGAUUGA